AUGCGUCCACCACGUCUCCUCCUGAUACUCUUCUGCCUAAUCUUCUUCCCGAUCUUCCUCACCCUCUUUUCCGCGCUUUCGUCGCCUACUGUAGCGACCCCCAAUACGCUCGCUGGUCGGACGUCCCGGCUGCAUGCCCUAUUUUCAUUCAACGUUCCAUCGUCGCUCUUUCCUCCGUCGGCCAUUAUCAGCCUCACCGAUGACAACUCGACCUUUUUCCUGGCCCGCCCUGCGGCAUUUGGCCCGCUUCUACCCGGCAAAGGCCUAAGCGGCCAACUGUGGGUUGGAAGUGGCUUUGGUGAAGGUGGCUUGACUGCUGGGGUGGAAGGAGAGCUGGGUUGCUCUGAUAUUCCCGGCUGGGGCGAAGGCAACGGUGCCAAGAACCAAGACUCGGCUGCCAGGGGCAGCGAGCAGAAGUCCGGGAAAUCUGGAAGUGGUGCAAUGAACGACACGCCAGCCUCACAGAAUCGCGCCCGCCUGCCCGCCCAGGCCGAAACCGCCAGACAAAACGAUCGAGCCGACGUCGCGGCUCCUCCCUCGUUGAACGAUGGGACCGACGAUCAUUUACAUCAUCCGCUGACUGAUUCCGGUGUUUCGGAUGCUGGGGCGGCUCAGAAAUACGGAGACUACGUUCAAGUCAAGCAGUCUACGCACGCCGAUAUCCAGUCAUUACAGGAGACUGCUGAGAUUCAGGGCAACGUUGUGUUGCUCAGUCGUGGUGGCUGUGGCUUCCUUGAGAAGGUCAUGUGGGCCCAACGCCGUGGAGCGAUUGCAGUGAUUGUUGGCGAUGAUACCCGGGGUGGUAACUUGGUUACCAUGUAUGCACGGGGUGAUACUUCGAAUGUUACCAUUCCAGCCCUGUUCACAUCCUAUACUACUGCACACCUUUUGUCGUCGCUGAUUCCCGCGCAUUCUGGUGGAACUACUGGUCUGGGCGACGCCUUGAAAUCCUUACAUGCCAAGAUUGCUGGCCAGGCCAACGCAGAUACACAGAAACCGGCAACGGUCACGACUACUAAGGCUACCAACGUUCCCUCGUCGACUUCUACUUCCGUUUCCAAGGACCAGUCUGCCGUUCCUUCACAUUCGAAUGGGGGAUUCUUCCGUACUCUCGGCUCAUUGUUUGGCCUAUGCAGCAAGCAUGGAAGCUCAGGACAUCAAGAGGACAGCCGUCGACCACCAAGCAGCGGCAAUAUUGAUUGGCUCACACCGGGUUCGUGGGAUAAGUCUGAGUCUUUAUCAGGCUCCUCCAAAGGCUCGAUGAAUUCGAACCAUCACAACCGCGGCAACGUUAAUGAUAAUCCGAUCUACCAAAAACUCGAGCUGUCAUCUGAGGAUGAUAUUGGUGGAGAUGACUUUGUCAUCGGCGUCCAGGACUGGAGAGAUCCUGAUUUGAUGUUGCCAAAGAGCAACACGCUGCCCGCGCCGAGUACCUCAGUGAGUGGCAAAGAUGGCACAAAAACCUCUGCUCCGGACGCAGACCCAGGGUCGCCGUCCAAUUUGCUUCGAGGUGGCAGCAUCACUCCGGGAAGUGGUGAAUACCAGAGCAUUGAUAAGUUCACUGGUAAUGUUCGUGACACGGACUCGAAAAAUGCCGAUAAGGACCCCAACACUGCAGGCACAUCAUCGGGUUCCUCUGGCAAGGGUUGGUUCUCAAGCCACUUCGGGUGGGGCGAUGAGACAAAGCAGCCUGCACAGCCUUCUUCAGCCGCUACCCAGAGCGCUGCAGCAAUGAAUCAAAAGACUAAAAACGCGAUUUCAUCGUCAAGUCCCUCAGCCAUCAUGUUCUCAGAGCACGAGGGUCUUUGGGUUACAUUGACCCCCACCAGCAUGUCGACAAGCCCCUUCUUCGACACCCUCCUAGUUCUGGUCAUCAGUCCAUUGUUGACGCUCACCGUGGUAUAUGCCUUGUUGUUGCUUCGAUCUCGAAUUCGACGUCGCCGGUGGCGCGCACCCAAAUCAGUCGUUGAGCGCCUUCCUGUCCGAACAUACCACACAAUUGCUCGUACAUCUUCAUCAUCAUCCAGCUCAAGCUCUCCAAGGCCCUCAAGUCCCGGAGCUGUCUCACCAACGUCACCGCUGCUCGGCCACGAACGUCGCUCGAAUCAUUCCCGUCCGACACGGUCGCGCUCUCAAACAGUUGCCGGUGUUCUGACAGACUCGUCUUCAUUGCCCAAGGAAGAGAAAUCGGCAAGUGUGCAAUCGGGCUCAAUAUUGUGGAGACGCAAGUACACCGGGAGACAAGUGGAAUGUGUGGUCUGCCUCGAGGAAUACGUCGAUGGACAGAGCCGCGUGAUGAGCUUGCCAUGUGGCCAUGAAUUCCAUGCGGAAUGCAUUACGCCAUGGCUUACCACCCGCCGACGAACCUGUCCGAUCUGCAAGGGCGAUGUCGUUCGCUCAAUGACCCAUUCUCAACCUGAAGAUUUCCAUAACCAGAACGAAUCUUCCACCAAUCCCCAGUCCCAGGACGCAGACCACCGGUCUGAUCCCACCGCUGCACCCGUUCUCAUUGCCGGAGUCGACGAAGAUGAUGCCUCUGACGACGAACAGAACGUGGGCCUUCUUUCUGGCCACUCGAGCUCGACCCCACAGUCCAGCUGGCGAAACCUCGCUUCGCUCAGCUUCUCCGCCCUUAGUGGCGAUACAAUCUGGCACCAAGCCCGUGCGGACCGGAACCGCUAA